CUGGUCGGAACCGCCGCUGCGGGGGUUGGAAGGUGCUCGGUGCGGUGCGGGCGAGGCCGCGGCUUCUCCCCUCAGGCUUUCCCUUCACGGGCUCUUCCCUGCGGCCUCCCCUCGGCGCUGGUUCCGUGUCGGCCCAGGAGCGUCUCUGACGGCGCUGCUUCCUCUGGGGGGCCGGGAGGGAUGCUGAGGAGGAGGAGGAGGAGGAAGGCAGCCGACAGACUGAAAUCUGCAUUGGAAGAAAGUUAGACCAAGGAACAAGCAACACAUUGAUGACUUAGGUUGAUGCUGAAGGGCACGCUUGUUUCAUGCCGCAACAGUAUAUCAGAGCUUCGACGACAGAACCAAGAGCCCAGUUAUGUUUUCAGAACAUUAGCAGUUUUGUCUUUCCCCACCGUCCGUGGUUUUUUUUUUUGGCUUUUUAAAGUCUGUUUUUAUGAGCCGCCUCUCCUCCGUGAGAUAAAAAUGCAGGAUCCAAAUUUGGUGGAAAUGUCUAGCAGCGUAGAAGGCUCAAACUGUUCGUUUUUACAAUGUUUGUCGGCGGAGAUUUGCACUGUCUCGUUCCCUGGAGCCGGCGAGGAACCUGGCAGAGACCGUUCCAGUCAAAACGGACAGCUUGGUGGGCUGGAGACAGUUCAGGAAAACUUUCCCAGUGAGGAUGGCGGCGGGGGCGAUUUUGAAGCCUCUUGGGACUGCCUCCCGGAUGCUUUCGCUGCGGAAUCCAGCAACGCUUGGGGCGAUUUUGAAAGUUUCAGAGAGGUCAAGGUGGACAGCCAGAGCCACACCCCGGAGCUUUUGGAGAAUUUAAAUGGAGAGCAAACUACUACAAGAGACAUAGACAUCAAAGAUAAUCACUUUGCUACCUCAUGUGAACAGAUCUUUUCCAGAACAGCUGGGCACCCUAGAAGAGAUGCUUGCCUUAAUGUUCCAGUGAAGGCCACCCUCAACUCAGAAGACGUUCUUAAACUGAGCUUUCCCGAAGUUCCUGUGCCACAGUUCUCGGAGAACAUAAGCGGCUUGAAUGAGAUGCUCGAGACAAAAACGGAAGAUGCGGACAUUCCUGAACAUACAAAAAUGCAACCUUGCACGGGCUCUGGGAACUUGUGGAAAAUCCUUACUCGCGCCAGGAACUCUUCUGGUUUGAGAUGUCCUUGGAAUGAAUCUCGUUGCCAGGAAAACCUUUUAGCUGUCCUUGGAAUCGAUGUUCAUCAAAAGGUCCUUCCACAAGGCCAAGAAGAUGUUUUGGAGAAAAACAGCGUGGAAGAAGAAGCUGGCGAUUCUGAUGUUGACAAGUUCAGCAUCAGCCACUGUAAGGCCCCCAUUCAAACCAAGAUUACUGACAACAGUGUUCUUAUUACAGAACUGCAGGGUUCUUCACGGGAAGCCGUGACUCUUAGCCCAGAGUGCCUGGGGCUUUUCAAAACGUCUUUCAGGGACUCUUCUCGGCACCUUUCAUGUCUGCUGUGGAAACCCCCAGCAGGACCGAGGGAAAACUUAAGCUGCAGCUGCUCUUUUGGGGUCAGCGAAGCAGUGUGGAGGAAGGGACCUCACCUUCUCCUGGUGCUGUGGUCGCCAUCUGAAUCGGGCCUCGAGGUGCUUGAGAAAAACGCCUAUAAAUUAUGGGGAGCUCAAGAGAUGGAGACUGGCCCCCGUUGGUGCUGCAGCGUGUUACCUUCCCUGCUCGUGCACGGCUCCGCCCGCUGGCCAACCUCUACCGCGCUCCUGCUGUGCCUAGCCCACCUUACCUCGAUUUUCCGCCCCAUGCAGCAUAUGUGCCCCGGGAAUGUAGUCCCACUCACUCUAGAUAGCCUCCAGGGCCCCAUGCCUCUGACCAUGGCUGCUUAA